UCCUUUCUACAUAAACACAACACACAAGAAAGCCAAAAAUGGUGUCCUCAAAGUCUACUACCUUUGUGUUUUGUCUUGUGUUCAUUUCCACAUCCUUAAACAGUUCUCUUGCUUAUACAAACCAAGUUACAAGGAAGGUUGUGGUUGAAGAUGAUGAGAAUGGUUUUACCAUGACAAGUGGGAGCUCUCUUAGACACAUGGAACACAAGGAGAUUUUGAAUGGCAACGAUGAUGAGAUGAGGAAAGGGAAGAUGGAAGGAAGGAAGAUGAUGGUGGAGAGAAAAGACAUGAUGAGGAGCAAGGGAAAGAAGAAAGAGGAAGGUGGCAAGACUACAAGUAGCAAUGGAAAUGGAGUCUCAAAGAGCCCACUUGCAGAUACCCAUGAUCAUCAGAAGCUUGAACCUGAAAGGGUUUCAAAGGAUGCAAACAAGCUUCUGGGCAUGAUGAACAAAGACUACACCGGAGGUUCUGGGUCGGGGCCUAAUCCUCGCCAUAAACCUCCAAUCAACAAUCAUGAAUCAUUAGAUGGACGAGGUUAAUUAAUUAAACCAGUUUUACCUUAGCUUCAAUGUUAGUAUAGUUAUAGUUAAUGUGCGUGGUUUCGGCCAGUUAGUUUUGGGUUUAAUGUAUCCACAAUUUUGGCUUCUCAUAUGUAAUAUAUAUAGCUGUACAAGUAUAUGUAGUAAACCAGUUUUACC